GCGCAUGCGCGCGCGCGCGGUCCCGAGCGUUGGCAGCGGCAGCCGCGGCCCGACGGCGGCGGCAGCGGCGGCCGCUCCUUCCCGCCCUCCCCUCCCGCCUUCCUGUACCGGCGCCGGCCUCGGCCCGCCGAGCUUUCCCCUUCCUUCCCCGCCUCUCGGCGCGCUGCAGGGGCUCCGGGCGCCGCGGUGGUGCCCACACCCCCCCGUCCCUUUCCCGCCCUGGGGAUGAGGCAGCGGUAGCGCGGAAAGAUGGUGGAUGUUGAUGUUUGUGCGGGUGGAGAUAGUACCAGAAGAAAAAUGGAUGCCCUGACAGAUAGUGCUGUUGAGAUUGUCCCUUUGGAGCUCUAUGAUUCAGCCAGAGCAAAAAUAGCUGCUAAUCUACAAUGGAUCUGUGCUAAAGCCUACGGAAUAGAUAAUGUCCCAGAGGAGCUGAAGGACCCAUUUUACAUAGAUCAAUAUGAGCAAGAACAUAUUAAGCCACCCGUGAUCAAGCUGCUGCUGUCCAGCGAGCUGUACUGCCGCGUCUGUAGCCUCAUUCUGAAGGGGGAUCAGGUGGCUGCUCUGCAGGGACACCAGUCAGUGAUCCAGGCUCUGUCUCGAAAAGGGAUUUACGUCAUGGAGAGUGAUGAUACACCUGUGUCUGAAUCUGAUCUGGGCUCUGCACCAAUCAAAAUGAGUUCUCAUAUGGCAAUGAUUGAUGCUCUUAUGAUGGCCUAUACUGUCGAAAUGAUCAGCAUUGAGAAGGUGGUCGCUAGUGUUAAGCGUUUCUCUACAUUCAGUGCCUCGAAAGAACUGCCCUAUGAUUUGGAGGAUGCAAUGGUUUUCUGGAUUAACAAGGUGAACCUUAAAAUGAGAGAGAUAACAGAGAAAGAGAUUAAAUUAAAACAGCAACUAAUGGAAAGUCCAGGGCACCAAAAGUCUCCUUCCAAGUGGUAUUGGAAAUUAGUACCUCCUGAUCUGAUGCAUGCCGUAUCGCACUGCAUGCUGGAGCCAGUGGAAUAUGCUCGUGUGGUGCGUUACCGAAGAGACCAUCUUUCAAGCAGGCAAUUGCCUUACUUUCCUUUGCUUGAAGAUUUGAUGAAGGAUGGUAGUGAUGGUGCUGCUCUUCUGGCUGUAAUACACUACUAUUGUCCAGAGCACAUGAAACUAGAUGAUAUUUGUUUGAAGGAAGUCACUUCAAUUGCAGACAGCCUCUAUAACAUUCAGCUUUUGAGAGAAUUCUCAAACGAAUAUCUAAACAAAUGCUUUUACCUCACGUUGGAGGACAUGUUAUAUGCUCCUUUGGUUUUAAAGCCUAACGUCAUGGUAUUCAUUGCGGAGCUCUUCUGGUGGUUUGAGAAUGUCAAACCAGACUUUGUACAGCCAAGAGAUAUUCAGGAAAUAAAAGAUGCUAAUGUUAAGACAGUGCUGCAGCAGAAGAGCAGUCGCCCCCCUGUUCCUAUUUCCAACGCAACCAAGCGAAGCUUCAUGGCCAGCCCUGCUAGUACGGCUCCAGCAGACGUGCAGCCCUCGGCUCAGGCAGGCCCUGAGUGCAGUAGAUACUACCUGCACCCUGAGGAGCCCGACUACCUUGGCAAAGGAGGAAGCCCUGCCUUCAGCCCUUCCCAUCCACUGCUCCCCUUGAGGCAAAAGCAGCAAAAAUCUCUACAGGGAGAAGACAGCCCUGGUCAUAGGCAUCGUUCGAAUUCUCUGACCCGUGUUGAUGGGCAGCCACGAGGUGCAGUUCUUGCAUGGCCAGAGAGGAAACCCAGGCCCUUGUCUCAGCCAACACCAUUUGCUCUUCAUCAUUCUGCCAGUACUGAUGUGGACCCUGGGUCUGGUGAUAGCAUUAGUCUGGCCAGAUCCAUCAGCAAAGACAGUCUUGCUUCAAACAUUGUUAAUGUAACUCCAAAAAAUCAACCCCAUCCUCCUUCAGCAAAAACCAACGGGAAGAGCUUGCUGAACAAUGUCGAAAUUGAGGAUGAAGAUGAGGAGCUUAUUGCAAUAAUCAGAUCUGAAGACAGGCCAAACCGUGGUGACCUUGAGUCACAGAAUGCCUCAGCCAGGGUGCCCAGCAUAGUUACAACAGCAUGGUCUCCAAAAACGCAUAGCGAGACUUCAGAAAGCAAGCCGGAGAGUUUUUACUUGGAGCCUUUAAUGCCUGCAGUUCUAAAACCAGCAAAGGAAAAACAGAUAAUCAAUAAAGAGGAUGAAUGUGGGGAGGGGAAACAAAGGAGUUUUAUAGUAAAGAGAUUAAAUGAAGGACACUUGCCUUUGGUCCGCAAGAAAGCAAAUAGCAGUCAUGGUGAGCAUGACCUCAAUAGGACUUUUACUCCAAUUUCCAGUACUGAUUUCACUCCAGUUGCAGAUCCUAGUCCUGCAGAUUCAGUGGCACUACUGGAGGCAAGCUUAGAGGCUUCCAGACCUUUGGCUAGUAGCAGUUUAGAUCCUUCCACUCAGGAGCUACCCACUGGAGGAUUUUUUCUUCACGCUGCUAAAUCCGACGAUGACAUAGCAAGCAAAGUCAAUGUCAGUUACGUGAAAGGCCUCAAUUCGCACCUUGCGGAUACUACAUGGACUAUGGUGAGACAGGACUCUGACUCAGACCUCUUAGACAUAGAGGAGGCUGAUCAAGACUUGGUAGUCAUAGAUGACCACCCUAUAGUUGCUAAAUACAUUGGCGAGGAGGAAUCUGCAAAACUGCAAGAAGACAUGAAGGUGAAAGAACACGAAGACAAGGACGACGCCAGCGGCCGCUCCAGCCCCUGCUUGAGCACAACUUCUCAGAUCAGCGGAGUGUCGAUGACGAGCGGCAGCGUUCGAAUGACCAACUUCGCAGAACGAAAGCUUCAGAGACUUAAUAGCUAUGAAACAAAGUCCAGCACAAGUAGUUCACAAAAGACCACACCAGACGGCUCGGAGAGCUGCCCAGCACCGCUGACCACGUGGAAACAAAAGCGAGAACAAAGCCCCAACAGGCAAAAUAAAGAUAACGUUAAUCUUCUGGCCUCGGAACUGGUGCAGCUUCAUAUGCAGCUGGAAGAGAAACGAAGGGCAAUAGAAGCUCAGAAGAAAAAGAUGGAAGCCUUGUCAGCGAGGCAGCGACUAAAAUUGGGCAAGGCAGCCUUCUUGCAUGUGGUUAAAAAAGGGAAAUCUCCUGAUGCUCCACAGCCUCUUAAACCAGAACAUUUUGCAAAAGAGUUCUCUCGGCACAACGGUGAGGACUUAGAUGAAGUUUCUUUGGGUUCCAAAUCUGAGGAGUUCCUUGUGAAAGAGGAGGAGAGAGAAGAAACGCUUAACGAUUCGCAAGAGGUAACAAAAGUGAAAAUGCAAGACAGCCUGGCUUUUGCUGAGCCACAUAAACCAAAAGACUCUGCUGCUAUGCAUGACUUGGAAAAGAGUAAAAUUAUUUCUGUUGCCCUCCUAGAAGACAAUGUGACUGAGGUGGAUAUAAGCGAAUGUGAUCUCUCCAUUGAAAAACUAAAUGAAACGAUCAGUACACUCCAGCAGGCUAUACUAAAGAUUUCUCAGCAACAAGAACUGCUUAUGAAAUCUCCAACAGUGCCAACGCCAGGAACCAGAAGUAACUCUCAGGACCAAAAGGUAAAACCAUCGAUUCAUUUUGUUGAGCCCCUGUCUCCAACUGGAAUGAACAGUCUUCGGAAGCCACCUCGCUUUGGUCAAGGAAGGAGCUCUCGAUCAGGGCGACCAACUGAUCUGAAAGUCACUAAAGACAGGCAACAGAACUCAGCACGUGUUAAAACCCCAACACAGACUCUAGAAACCUUACCACAUUUAAGACCAUUUCCAUCCAACAGCUUGGCCAAGACACCAACAGACAUCAGCUUGGAAAAUAGCCCUGAUCCUGGAAGUGCUGCUCAAGAAAAGUGUUUCUUUGAUACCUAUAGACUUCAUGAUGAGAGCAAUCAACGGGCUCUCGCUCUUUCCACCUCCAAAGAUGCAAAUAUUAUUUCUGAAAUGAGCAAUGAGGUGAAUGACAGCUUCAAGGAAACAGGGUUGAAUUCUUCUGAUGGCUCAGGAAAAGAAAAUGUCCCAGUGGAUGAGCCACUGAGAAGCAAGGCUAAUCUCAUUGAGGUAGACUUGUCUGAACUGAAAGCUCCUGAUGAAGGAGAACUCGAAAACCAGGAUAGCUCUACAGAUAUAAUCAGUGAAAGUGAUCAGAAAUCUGGUGUGGGUUUUUUCUUCAAGGAUGAGCAGAAAGCAGAAGACGAGCUCGCAAAAAAGCGUGCGGCAUUCCUCUUGAAACAGCAGCGCAAAGCUGAGGAGGCUCGGCUUCGGAAGCAGCAGUUGGAGGCUGAAGUUGAGCAAAAAAGAGACGAAGCUCGUCGCAAAGCCGAGGAGGACCGGAUACGGAAAGAAGAGGAGAAGGCUCGAAGAGAACUGAUCAAGCAAGAGUACCUAAGGAAAAAACAGCAGCAGAUUUUGGAGGAGCAGGGGCUUGGAAAGCCGAAAUCAAAGCCCAAGAAACCUAGGCCAAAGUCAGUCCAUCGUGAAGAAUCUUACAGUGAUUCAGGGACAAAGUGCUCUUCCACACCUGAUAAUUUGAGCAGUGCUCAGUCUGGUUCCAGUCUGUCUUUGGCCUCAGCAGCAACAACUGAACCUGAAAGUGUACACUCCGGUGGCACACCAUCUCAGAGAGUUGAGUCAAUGGAGUCCUUACCCAUACUGAGCAGAAACCCUAGCAGAAACACAGAAAGAGACUGGGAGAAUGCUUCAACAGCAUCUUCAAUUGCUUCAGUGGCAGAAUACACAGGUCCAAAAUUAUUUAAGGAACCCAGCAGCAAAUCAAACAAACCCAUCAUUCACAAUGCAAUAUCUCAUUGCUGUCUUGCUGGAAAAGUGAACGAGCCACAUAAGAAUUCAAUAUUAGAGGAACUAGAAAAAUGCGAUGCCAACCACUACAUCAUUUUGUUCCGUGAUGCUGGCUGCCAGUUCAGAGCACUUUAUUGCUACUACCCUGACACUGAAGAAAUCUACAAGCUGACUGGAACAGGGCCAAAGAGCAUCACCAAGAAAAUGAUUGACAAACUUUAUAAGUACAGUUCGGACAGAAAACAGUUUAAUGUGAUUCCAGCCAAAACCAUGUCUGUCAGCGUGGAUGCCCUCACCAUCCAUAACCACUUGUGGCAAGCCAAGCGACCUGCAGUGCCAAAGAAGACUCAGACUCGUAAAUGACACUGAGCUCUUGGGGAGAAGAUUGCUGAAUGGGAUUGCAUCAGAAGAAGACAUGUUUACCAUUUUCCUCCAGUUUGGUAUGAGAUGUGCAGAACCAUAAACAUUUUUUAAGAAGCUUCUAAACAGAACCCGUGGAUGCAAGCUACUAAGAAUGAAGGAACAUUGCCAGUGUUGUUUUUGUUUUUUAAUGAAUGAUAAUCUGCUGUUACACCCAAUGCUGACUACUGUGGCUUUCAACUGAUGAGGGACUGUGCAUGUAGCAAGAUCUUUAACAAGUGGAUUUCCUUUUACUUGAAGCUUUUCAUCGGUACAAAUUGGGAAUAAUUUAGUUCUGUUUCCUCUCCCCCUCAUCCCCUCCUUUUUCCUGUCAUUCUUACAGUUGGCAAGCUCCAAACUUCAGCGGAAGGAUUGACCAGAUCUGGGGUGAAGUGUUGUGGGUUUGGUUUGGUUGGCUUUGGGUGGUUGGUGGUUU